AUGGCCCAGCAGCUCGUGCUCCGGCGGCUGCUGUCCCUGGCGCCCCGCGCGCUCCCGCCUCGAGCCGCCGGCAGGGCGCUGCGCACCACGGCGCGCCGCGGGAGCGCCUUCAACGUGCAGGACGGCAGCGACUUCCAGGAGCGCGUGGUCAACAACCCCAAGCCCGUCGUGGUGGAUUUCCACGCACAGUGGUGCGGGCCCUGCAAGAUCCUCGGCCCCCGGCUGGAGAAGAUGGUGGCCAAGCAGGAGGGGAAGGUGCUGAUGGCCAAGGUGGACAUCGAUGACCACACGGACCUUGCUAUUGAGUACGAGGUGUCAGCGGUGCCCACCGUGCUCGCCAUGAAGAACGGGGAUGUGGUGGAUAAGUUUGUGGGGAUAAAAGACGAGGAUCAGCUGGAAGCAUUCCUCAAGAAACUCAUCGGACCCUGAAGUAAAAAGGGCUUCUGAUGCCGCUUCUCCGACUUCCCAGCCUGAUCAGACCCCCUGUUGGUGCUGCUGAAUCCAGGACUCCGGAGAAAGGACCCUCCUGUGURCAGAGGAACACGGGCCCGUUGCGCCCAGCAGCCCCGCUCAGCAGCAGCCCCGACCCACACGCGCUGGGUUUGCUUUCCUCGGGCCUCUCCUGCGUGAGGAGCGCGAGAGCCGCCCGCUCCCUUGUGUGAAUAAUUAAAUGUGCUCACACAGGUGAGCCGUGCCGAGGGGCAGCCUUCCCAUCUUGAUUGCCUUGACCUUUAGACCAAGGAGUAAGACUGUGCUCACAGCAGCAGCAGCCUUCAGCCCUCCCCUCCCCUCCUCCUGUCCUGUCAACCUGAAUUUUGGGUGUUUUCUGUUUCCCCCUGCAGUGCCCCAUUCCAAGCCUCCUCUUGCACCUGCAGGCAGAGCACAAGGCCAGGGCUGGUGCUCGUUAYAAUACUUAACUUCAGGUGACUUACCUAAGAUGCAUGAGAACACUGUACAUGCUUCAUAACCAUGUAAAAGCCCUUUCCCUGUUCCUGUUCCUGCUUCUGUUUCUCUUCAGUCGCUUUUAACGCUGGUUUGGCUCAGCUCAUUCUGCCUCUCUGGCAAGAGGCUGGUUGUUACAAGCCGCAAGGCAACUUUUUCUGCACCUUUCCCAUAACCAUUUAAGGAAGGGAGGGGAAUGGGGCUCUAGGUCUUAGGUGUUACGCUGCAACCGCAGUGCAACAGCCAUUGGUGUUCUGAGCAGCUUCCCUUACCUUGGGCACCGUGGGGCCUGGACAAGAGUGAAACCAGUGCUGGUUGCCCUAAAGGGGGUCCCUUGUGGAGAGCUCCAGGCUGAGCUGCCCCCCCGGCAYGUCGCUGACCCAAAAUACUGCUGGACGUGGUGCCACUCGGAGGUGAUUCAGCAAAGCCCUGGUGGUCAGUUGUGAGCAGUUAAAAUAACACUGUGUUUUGGAGACCACCAAAGCUACGCAGCUGGUGUCCUGCUCGUGCUGCAGGCCCGGCACUUUGCGGUUCAGCUCGGYGUUCCUGCUUCGUAAACACCGAUAGCGCAGCCUGCCGCCGUUUUCCUGUGCAGGCAGCAGGAGCGGGGGAACAGCGUCACACACCCRACAAUAGUCAACUUUCAUGCCUCGCCAUCCCACAGAACAGGAAAAAACAUAGUGGCUUUGCAUUGUGCGUAUAAGAGACAGUAUAAUUUAGCUAUAUKAUCACUUCCUUCUGAGGAAAAGCGCAGCUAAUGUGGCGUUCAGCUAUUUAAGCACCAGCACAAUUUAGAACAGGCUGCAUGAAAAACACAAAGUGUUUCUCUGAGAUAAAUACUGAAGACCCACAUCGACGGUGAAAAACCCCUCCAAAACAACGUAACUGGUGGAGAGGAGAAGGGAGUUCUGGAGCACCUUCAGAUUCCC